AUGGUUUUCUACCUCGGAAGAGCUCCGAACGGGACUAAAACUACUUGGAAAAUGAAUGAAUAUAAGGCUGUUGAUUAUUCUAAUUGUGAACCUUCAAUUCAUAAUUCCUCCUCAUCAACUAAUGUUGCAGAUCCACAGUUAAGGGAAGAAGUUAGCUUAUGCCGAAUAUAUACAGGAUCAAGAAGCAUAAGGGCAUUCGACAGACGGCCAACUUCCGAGCCCGCAGCGGAGGCGGUGCACCACCACUCUAGUGGCGGCAGUUCAUCAUCAUCAUCAUCACCGCCGGCGGCAGCCCAGAAUAUUAAUACAGCUACUGAUCAGAACUCCGAGGGCGGCGGCGAACCAUGCUGGGACGCUGAUCAGCUUUUCAACUGGUUCUUUACAUGA